UCUCCCGGAAGUCUCGCGGGAGGAUCUGCCCCGGGGCGGAGCGGAAGCGGCCAGAAAGAAGAGAAGGGAGAGACGGCUCCGCGGAGAACGGCCGCAAGUGAUUCCGCCGUCUUCCACCCUUUGGACCGUUAACAAGCCAAGUGUGUUGCUACGUGACAUCGAGGAGGUUGGGCAGCGGAGGGGUCCAGCCUUUCUGUUUCGAAGGCCCCCCGCAGGUCAGCGACGCUGCGGUAACCAUGGAAGCCAUAGCCAAGUAUGACUUUAAAGCCACAGCUGAUGAUGAGCUAAGCUUCAAACGAGGGGACAUACUAAAGGUUUUAAACGAAGAAUGUGAUCAGAAUUGGUACAAGGCUGAGCUCAACGGCAAAGAUGGUUUUAUUCCAAAAAACUAUAUAGAAAUGAAGCCACACCCUUGGUUUUUUGGCAAAAUUCCACGUGCCAAAGCAGAGGAGAUGCUUGGAAAACAAAGACAUGAUGGUGCCUUUUUGAUCCGUGAAAGUGAAAGUGCCCCAGGAGACUUCUCGCUGUCUGUCAAGUUUGGAAAUGAUGUACAGCAUUUCAAGGUCCUGCGAGAUGGGGCAGGGAAAUACUUUUUGUGGGUAGUAAAGUUUAACUCCCUGAAUGAACUGGUGGAUUAUCACCGGUCCACAUCUGUCUCCCGGAACCAGCAGAUCUUCUUACGUGACAUCGAGCAGGUGCAACAGGUACACGGGGGAGACAGAGCCACAAGUUUAACACAGCAACCUACCUAUGUGCAGGCACUGUUUGACUUUGACCCCCAGGAAGAUGGGGAGCUUGGAUUCAGAAGAGGAGACUUCAUCCAGGUCGUGGACAACUCAGACCCCAACUGGUGGAAAGGGACAUGUCACGGCCAAACCGGCAUGUUUCCACGCAACUAUGUGACACCAGUAAACCGCAACCUGUAACUAGAGCCUGCACAGGACCACAAGCCAAGGAGGAGCACAGACAAACUUACCUGGGUGGGAUUGCUGGGGGACUAAGAGGCAUAUGGAUAGAAUUUGGGCAAACGGACAAAUGGAUAACUUAAUAGAAGAACAUGAACAGACAACACACUGACCUAGAAGAAAGUAACCUUAGUCCAUUAAUUCAGGGAAGCAGUUCCAUUACAUGGCAGGGGUUAGUGCAGGAGUAUAAUAGACUUGAAUGGGCUGGGAUUUCUUAUGGGCUGACAGAAAUGCGAUUUAGGGAAAGAGAUAAUAAAAUACUGGCACUAGACAUAGACAGAAAAAUG